CGCCACGCAACAUUACGCGUGACGCACACACGCUAUAUAUUCCUACGUGUUGACGUCAACAGUCUCUUCCCUGCCUAUGCCCUGUUGAGGUAGGCAGUGUAAAAUUUGUGUCUGCUUCUCCACACAGCGAAUCCAACAACAUCCGUCAAAAUGGUGAACUUCACCGUAGACCAGAUCCGUGCCAUCAUGGACAAAAAGUCCAACAUCCGUAACAUGUCUGUGAUUGCCCAUGUGGACCAUGGCAAAUCCACUUUGACUGACUCGCUGGUGUCUAAGGCUGGUAUCAUCGCUUCAGCCCGUGCAGGAGAAACCCGUUUUACUGACACAAGAAAGGAUGAGCAGGAGCGUUGCAUUACCAUCAAAUCCACUGCCAUCUCAAUGUACUAUGAGCUCACUGACAACGACUUGGCCUUCAUCAAGCAGUGCAAGGACGGCUCUGGCUUUCUGAUCAAUCUGAUUGACUCCCCUGGGCACGUCGACUUCUCCUCUGAGGUGACCGCUGCCUUGCGUGUCACUGAUGGAGCCUUGGUGGUGGUUGACUGCGUGUCUGGCGUGUGUGUGCAGACCGAGACUGUGCUGAGGCAGGCUAUUGGUGAGAGGAUUAAGCCUGUGCUGAUGAUGAACAAGAUGGACCGUGCCUUGCUGGAGCUGCAGCUGGACCCAGAGGAGCUGUAUCAGACCUUCCAGCGUAUUGUGGAGAACGUCAACGUAAUCAUUUCCACCUACGGAGAGGACGAGAAUGGACCUAUGGGUAACAUCAUGAUUGACCCAGUUGUUGGUACUGUGGGAUUUGGGUCUGGACUGCAUGGUUGGGCCUUCACCCUUAAGCAGUUUGCUGAGAUGUAUGUGAUGAAGUUUGCUGCCAAGGGUGAUGCCCAGCUUGGACCAGCAGAGCGCUGCAAGAAAGUGGAGGACAUGAUGAAGAAACUGUGGGGUGACAGAUAUUUUGACCCAGCAACUGGAAAAUUCAGCAAGAGCGCUACUAGUCCUGAUGGCAAGAAGCUCCCCAGGACCUUCGCUCAGCUCAUCCUGGACCCCAUCUUCAAAGUUUUUGAUGCCAUCAUGAACUUCAAGAAGGAAGAGACAGCUAAGCUGAUUGAGAAGUUGGACAUCAAGCUGGACACUGAGGACAAGGAGAAGGAAGGCAAGCCCCUGCUGAAGGCUGUAAUGCGUCGCUGGCUGCCUGCUGGAGAGGCCCUGCUUCAGAUGAUUACCAUCCACCUGCCUUCCCCUGUCACUGCUCAGAAAUACCGUUGUGAGCUGCUGUAUGAAGGACCUGGUGAUGACGAGGCUGCUAUGGGUAUUAAGAACUGCGACCCCAAAGCUCCCCUUAUGAUGUACAUCUCUAAGAUGGUGCCCACUUCUGACAAGGGUCGUUUCUAUGCCUUUGGGCGUGUCUUCUCUGGCUGUGUGUCCACUGGCCUGAAGGUGCGCAUUAUGGGACCAAAUUACACCCCUGGAAAGAAGGAGGACCUUUACCUCAAACCCAUUCAGAGGACCAUUUUGAUGAUGGGCCGUUACGUUGAGCCUAUUGAGGAUGUGCCCUGUGGUAACAUCGUGGGUCUGGUUGGUGUGGACCAGUUUUUGGUGAAGACCGGGACCAUUACCACCUUUGAACAGGCCCAUAACAUGCGUGUGAUGAAGUUCAGCGUCAGCCCUGUGGUGAGAGUUGCUGUGGAGGCCAAGAACCCUGCUGAUCUGCCCAAGCUGGUGGAGGGUCUGAAACGUCUGGCAAAGUCUGACCCUAUGGUACAGUGUAUCAUUGAGGAGUCUGGAGAGCACAUCAUCGCUGGAGCUGGUGAGCUGCAUCUUGAGAUCUGCCUGAAGGAUCUUGAAGAGGACCAUGCCUGCAUUCCACUGAAGAAAUCCGACCCAGUUGUAUCCUACAGAGAGACAGUGUCAGAUGAGUCCAAACAAAUGUGCCUGUCCAAGUCCCCCAACAAGCACAACCGUCUGUUCAUGAAGGCCCGUCCCCUGGCUGAAGGUCUGCCUGAGGAUAUUGAUAAGGGUGAUGUCGCAGCUAGGCAGGAGCUGAAGGCACGUGCCCGUUACCUGGCUGAGAAGUACGAGUGGGAGGUGACUGAGGCCCGUAAAAUCUGGUGCUUCGGCCCUGAUGGAACUGGCCCCAACGUCCUUGUGGACGUAACCAAGGGAGUGCAGUACCUCAAUGAGAUCAAGGACAGUGUGGUGGCUGGCUUCCAGUGGGCCACCAAGGAGGGUGUGCUUUGUGAGGAGAACAUGCGUGGCAUUCGCUUCGACAUCCAUGAUGUUACACUUCACACAGACGCCAUUCACCGUGGUGGUGGCCAGAUCAUUCCCACAGCCCGCAGAGUGCUUUACGCCUGCCAGCUGACAGCCGAGCCCAGGCUCCUUGAGCCUGUCUACUUGGUGGAGAUCCAGUGCCCUGAGGCGGUUGUUGGUGGCAUCUAUGGUGUGCUGAACAGGAAGAGAGGCCUGGUGUUUGAAGAGUCUCAGGUCAUGGGAACUCCUAUGUUUGUGGUCAAGGCUUACCUUCCUGUCAAUGAAUCUUUUGGCUUCACCGCUGACCUUCGUUCCAACACCUCUGGUCAGGCCUUCCCACAGUGUGUGUUCGAUCACUGGCAGAUCCUUCCUGGAGAUCCCAUGGAACCCGCCAGCAAGCCUGCUCAGAUCGUGGCUGAUACACGCAAGCGCAAGGGUCUCAAGGAAGGAAUUCCAGCUCUGGAUAACUACUUGGACAAAUUGUAAAGCUCCUGUCCCAUUCAUCGCUCCCCUGCCUCCCCUCACCUUCCUACUGAGGGACUGGACUGUACAGAACAUCAUGAGCACUAUUGCUUGCCAAAAACAUGUUGACAACAUAAACUUAAACAUUAAUAAAGAACAAUACAAAUUA